GGCGGAGAUGCGGAUGUUACGAUGGAUGUGUGGGAAGACAAGGUUGGAUAGGAUUUCGAACGAAGUUAUUCGACGUCGGGUAGGCAUGGCGCCGGUGGAAGAUAAAUUGCGGGAAGCGAGGUUGAGAUGGUUUGGUCAUGUGAGACGGCGGGAUGCUGACGCCCCUGUACGGAGAUGCGAGCGGAUUACGGUUUUCGGGGGAAGUAGGGGAAGGGGUAGACCUAAGAAGAAUUGGAAGGAAGUGAUUAGACAGGAUUUAGGACUUCUCACCCUGACUGAGGAUAUGGCUUUAGAUAGGAACCUUUGGAGAACUAGGAUUAGAGUAGCUGGUUAGGAACUCGGUGCUAUAGAGGUUUUUUGUAGUGUGUUGUGUUUGAUUGGAAUCUUCUAUUAAUGCUUGUAGAACUUUCUUUUCAUUGUACUUGGUGUUUUAUCCAUGCUAUACUGUAUACCCUAUCAUUUUUUGUGCAGGUUGAGCCGGGGGUCUCUUGGAAACAGCCUCCCUGCUUCCAAGUAGGGGCAAGGUCUGCGUACACACACCCUCCCCAGACCCUACUGUAGUGGGAUC